AUGAAUUCGAAGAAAGUACGUUGGAAAAAGCGUUCCGUCAAUCGAGAAAGAAUUAUGAGGGGCGUCAGAGUUUUAGAGCUAAAUAUUUCGAGGUUGAUGCCUUCUCCUCAAAAAGUGGAAAUUAAACCUGCAAAAUAUUCUGAGGAAAGUGUUAAUUACGUGAAUCCAUACGAUGUUGUACCAAUCCCCACAAAUUAUUCACUUCCUUAUGGCCAUGCUAGUCCUCCAAAGCCUCCACGAACUGCAAGGAAAUUUCAAAAUGCGGCAUUUGAUAAGUAUAUCAAUUUACGUCCAUCUAAGCAAACAUCUACUCCGGAACUAACAAAUAUUCCACUGACAUCUUUUCCAUCAAUAGAUUCUGAUGGAGUAAAUAUGGGUAGGUCAAAAGCAACGGAACCAGUAUACGCCAAAGUUACCCCAAAGAAACUAAGACAAUCAGCAUUACAAUCUUCUGUUUUUGUGCCUAAAAGUGAUACUGAAAGUCCAGCAAGCUCAAAAACAAGCCUUACCGUAAAUUCUUACUCGCAGGAUUUCACACCAAAAGCUACAUCGUCACGCAACGAUAUUCUGGAAUCUGAGAUGAAGGAUUCGUCGAGAAAUUGGCCUGAGCAAGACGAUUUACCAAAAAACCAAAGUCUUUCAAAAACCGCUGUGGAAAAGAAAUUUGUAACAAACAUAUUUGAAAGCAGACCAUCUAGAAGAUGGGAGAAGCAUGUGAAAAAUAGCAAUGGAAGCUUUCAAAAACGGACUUUUAUUAGGAUGAGCUUAGAUUCGAGAAUAUUGGCGAGGAAAAAUCUGGAAAAGGAGGAUCUUGAAUCUAAAAGCUUGGCUGAUAUAAAUAAGAAUAUUGAGAAGCUGGAGAUAGAAUCCAAGAAACUUAAAGUGGAAACUAACAAGCUCAAAAAGCAACUACGACGAACCAAAAGGGACUCGGUUCCAGAGAAAAAAAACGAUGUUCAGGAUUUCAAUAAAGAUGAAAUGGGAAAUAGCCAUGAAGAUUUGCAUCAAUACAGCAAAUACUUAGAUUUGAAACGUUUCAGAGAUAUUGAAUGUUCUAGAAUAACACAAGCAUCUGGAGCUAUCAGAGAAAUUAGGCAUGUCAAAAAUAAAACUGAUUGGAAGGAUGUAUUGUUUUUGGAAAAAAUUCUUCUGGAAAGCAGCGAACGAGUCAACCUUUUAACACAACAAAUUAAUGAUAACAUUUAUUCAGUCAUACCAGAACCUGCAUUACAUAAAGGAACUAUACACCUUUCCAACAUCAAAUUUCCCUUCUCAAAAACAAAAAACCACAAAGUAGACAAACAUUUUACAAGAUUUUUCAUCAUGACAAUAUCUGAUGGGUCUAAGCUGUUUAUUUCUGAUUUCAUAUCGGAAAAAGAGGGCACUCUGAGCUUUAACAAUACGUAUAUUUUUGAAGAAGUGGCACCUGAUUUUGAAUUGAAAGUGAAGCUGUUUUGUGUUAAAUUGAGGACGUCCCAUCAAUUUUUUUGGGAAAAACUCGGUGGAUGUUCGGGAUGCCAAACAUCAAAAAUCAUCUACGAAGAUCAACUGACAAGGCAGUACAAAGAAAAAACUGUCCUAAAAUCCUCAUUUAAAACUUUUGCCGAAGUGAAUUUAAGCAGUGCACAAAUCAACGACACCUCGGCAAAAAUCAAUGCGGACCCGCAGAUUUUCAACGGGUUAGAUGGAGUGAUGGAGUACAACCUCAAAUGCACCGACAUCAAUAUAUCAGUGAGUCUCUCUGAUUUCCUAGAUGUAGGAACGUUGUUAGGAGAAACAUAUUUUUGGGAGAGAAAAUGGUGUGUCUUGAAGGGGCCAAAUCUUGCAAUCUACAAUUACCCACAAGAUGAACAUUUUGGGAAACCGGUCGAACAAAUAAAUUUGGAAUAUUGUUUUGGACCAAUUAUCACCAAAAUUGAGAAUUGUCCUCGAAGAAGAUGCUUCCAACUAAGAACAGGCAGACCCAACGAUGCUGGUCAAAAUUCGCUCAGGUCCAACCUGAAAAGCAAACCAAACUUCGCCUUGCAAAAGUUCUUCUUUGCCACACGAAAUAAAAUUGAAUAUCUUCAAUGGACUGUAGAAGUUGAAAAACUCCUACACUCUUUGUGUUUUUUUAAGAAGCUCGUUUUUUAUGGAGAAUAUGAAGUUGUUUAAAUUAUUUUAGUAUUUUACAUUUGAUGUUCCAUCUUCAAAUUCAACUCGGUUAUUG